AUGCCGUCCGAGGCAAUAGCUUCAUCUCAUGGGAUACCUCCACUUCCUGGACAGACCAAUGCAGGUACAGAUGCAUUGAGCAAACAUUUGGUGAUUGUCGGUCUGGGCAUGGUGGGCAUCGCGUUUCUGGAAAAAAUGCUCAUGAAUGACGAAAAGACAAACCUCUAUAAGAUCACGAUUCUAGGAGAAGAGCCAUAUCUUGCCUACAAUAGGGUCGGGCUCACCGAAUACUUCCAGCAUAGGAAGUUUGCCAACCUUCUUCUGUCCCCGGAGUCGUUCUACGAAUCAAGAAAUACAGCCAAGUGGGAUUAUAGAGUUGAUGAGGCCGUAGUCGAGGUGAAUGACACAGACAAAUGGGUGAAGACUUCAAGCGGCGAUUUUUUCACGUAUGAUCAGCUGGUUUUUGCUACAGGUUCAACUGCCCUUUUGCCAAUGGAGAUGUUGCCAGUGCCAAAGUCAGGCAAGACAACUGACAUUUCCGUCUAUAGAAAGAUGGGUUGCUUCGUUUACCGCUCAAUUGAUGAUCUGAACUCAAUGCUUCAGUUUUCCGAUAACUUGGGAACCCAUGUGGGAAAGACUAAGCGAGCCAUCGUGGUUGGAGGAGGAUUACUUGGAUUAGAAGCAGCAAAGGCAUUACUGGACAUGAACAAGUAUGACAAUGUCACUGUUGUGCACAGAUCUGGUUGGCUUCUUUCUCAGCAAAUGGACUCAAAGGGAGGUGCCUUGCUCACGGAGAAAGUUAGAGAGCUGGGUGUGACCGCCCGAACCGGUACAUUGGUUGAAGAGUUGAUUUUUGACGAAAGUCAAAAUCUUACAGCAAUCAGGUACAAUAACGGUGAGGUGGAGGAUUGUCAAUUAUUGUGUUACACUAUUGGAAUCAAACCCCGAGACGAGUUGGCCUCGGCUGCAGGUAUUGAUACUGCACCUAGAGGCGGAAUUGCAAUCAACAACUUCCUGGAAUCAUCUAGUAAGAACAUCUUCGCAAUCGGAGAAUGUGCUUCUUGGAAUGACAAAACUUUUGGUUUAAUCGCACCUGGUGUAGCAAUGGCAGACGUUCUUGCAUUCAACCUGACCCAGGCCAAGAAUCACGCAUUCAAAGAGUUUUCUGAGCCGGAUAUCGGCACCAGACUGAAAUUAAUGGGGGUGGAUGUUGCUUCUUUUGGUGACUAUUUCGCAGAUAAAAAUGGUCCCAAAUGGCUUCCUGCUGCCAUGAAAAAGGAAACUGACCGGAAAUCAUGCCUCAAAUCGCUGGUGUUCGAGGACCCCAUCGAAGGUAAAUAUACCAAAUUAAUUGUGACCAAAGAUGGAAAGUAUCUGCUGGGUGGAAUACUAGUUGGUGAUACCUCAAAUUUCACAAAGUUUACAGCUUUGGCCAAGUCCCGGAAACCUCUUCCAAUGUCUGCAGCUGAGCUGAUUAUUGGAAAACCUGGUGAUGACGGCGACGAGGUCAAUCUGCUGACAGACGAUACCCAAGUAUGCUCAUGCCAUAAUGUGACAAAAGGCUCAAUUGCUGAGGCUGUAAAAAGUGGAAAAUGCAAAACCAUUCCUGAGAUAAAAAAAUGCACAAAAGCCGGCACUGCCUGUGGAGGAUGUGAACCAACGAUCAAGGUCAUAUUUGAAGCGGAAAUGAAGAAGCUCGGAAAUGUUGUGGCUAACAACUUGUGCAUUCAUUUCAAACAGUCACGUUCAGAUCUGUUUUCUGUGAUCAUGGUUAGAGGAUACAAAUCUUUUUCUGAGGUGAUGAGAGAGCUUGGUGAAGACUCAAAAGCAGCAGGUUGUGAAAUUUGCAAGCCCACAAUUGGUUCGAUAUUGUCCACACUCUUUAACCGUCAUCUCCUGGAGGCCGAUGUGCAUGGACUCCAGGAGACAAACGAUAGGUAUCUAGGUAACAUUCAGAGAAACGGUACGUACUCCGUGAUUCCCAGGGUUUCUGCUGGUGAAAUCACCCCAGAAAAAUUGAUUGCGAUUGGUGAAGUUGCCAAGAAAUUUGACGUUUACACCAAGAUCACCGGAGCUCAGAGAAUUGACCUUUUUGGUGUCAAGAAGCAGGACCUUAUUAGCGUUUGGGAAGACCUCGAGAGUGCAGGCUUUGAGUCUGGUCAAGGUUACGGAAAGACCCUCAGAUCUGUCAAAUCUUGUGUUGGUUCAACAUGGUGUCGGUAUGGAAUAGGCGAUUCUGUUGGUUUGGCUAUACGACUUGAGGAGAGAUACAAGGGCAUCAGGUCGCCGCACAAGCUCAAAGGUGGUGUCUCUGGUUGUGUCAGAGAUUGUGCCGAAUUUAAUUCUAAAGACUUUGGGUUGUGUGCCGUUCAGAAUGGCUUCAAUGUAUUUGUCGGCGGAAAUGGAGGCAUGAAACCGGCCCAUGCGCAACUUCUGCAGGCAGAUUGCCCACCCGACCAGGUGAUACCUUUAUUGGACAGAUACCUCAUGUUUUAUUUCCGGACUGCCGACAGACUGCAGAGGACUGCAAGAUGGGUGGAAUCAUUGGAUGGCGGCAUUGAAUAUGUUAAAGACGUUGUUGUGAGAGACAAAUUGGGUAUUGCCAAAGAAUUAGAGGAACAGAUGCAGAAGCUGGUUGGUAUGUACUAUGACGAGUGGAGCAAAGCUGUUCAAGACCAGAAGGAAAGUCCGGUUUUCAAGCAGUUUGUUAACACUGAAAAAUCCCAAGACACAGUUGAGAUUAUCAGGGAAAGAGGUCAAAGAAGACCUGCUGAUUGGCCAGAUAAGGACGUGUUGAAAAGGGAAGACUUUAAGAGCAUUGUAUGGUCUUCCAUGUCCUGGAAGGAGGUAUGUGACUCCAGCGUUCUACCUGACAGUGAAGCUGGCUCUUCUGCAACUGUCCUGAUAUCGGAUACUCAGAUAGCCCUUUUCAAGUCUAGAGGAAAAUUGUUUGCUUCUCAAAAUAUGUGUGGCCACAAGAGAGCAUUUGUUCUUUCGCAAGGUAUUCUGUCGACAGACGAGAAAGACAACACCUACAUCUCAUGCCCUCUUCACAAACGCAAUUAUGUCUUGGACCAGAAUAAAGAGGAAACUGGUUCUUGUAAGAACGAUCCAGCUCAAUCGCUUGCUACAUUUGAUAUCAAGGAGGAGAAUGGAAAGAUACUGGUGAGAUUACCUCCAGACUCAGAGCUGGACGAGAUUCUUGGAACUUCCAGAUGGAAGGUCAAGAAGGAAGAGUCUGUCGACAAUGCCACACCAUUCAAGAGAAUUGAUCAACGAUUCAAGAUCAAAGUCCCAACCAGAGCGAUACCUGCAAUACCUGCUGGAUGUGGUAAUGACUCUUUAGACUGGUAG